CCUCAGCUGAGGGAGCGCUCUGAAAUAAUACACCAUUGCAGCCGGGGAAAGCAGAGCGGCGCAAAAGAGCUCUCGCCGGGUCCGCCUGCUCCCUCUCCGCUUCGCUCCUCUUCUCUCCUUUCCUCUCUCCCCUCUUCUACUCUCUUCUCCUAUUCUCCUCUCUCCUCCUCGCGCCUCUUCUCUUCCCCUCUCUCCUCUCUUCUUGUCUUCCCUCCUCUCCUCCUCUCCUUUCCUUGCCCACCCUCUCCUCUCUCUCCCCUCAUUCUCCCCGUCGGCCCGCUCGCGCGCUCCCGCACGGACUCACCGUCCCUUGUCCAAUUAUCAUAUUCAUCACCCGCAAGAUCUCACCGUGCGUGUGCGCGCGCGUGUUUUCCUCUCUCCGCCUGCAAAAAAGGCUCGGCCCCACUGCUCUCUGCACCGAGUAAGUAUCUUCUCCCCCUCGCGAGUCCCCUCCCCUUUUCCAGAAUCACUUGUACCGGCUUGUUCUUGAAUGAGAAGAAAAGAAAAGAGACUCCCAUUACUCAUACUCGUGUAAACAUCUUUCCACCCUCCCCAGGAGAAAAUGGUGUUCUUUAAAUGAAUCAUAAUAAAAUAGUGUCUAAACAGUUUCUAAGCAGAAGCCUCAGUGGAACUCAGCGCUCCGCUCCUCCCAGUUCCUACGAGGUCCCAGGAUUCUUGAGCUGUGCCCAGCUGACGAGCUUUUGAAGAUGGCACAAUAACUGUCCAGUGAUGCCUGACCAUGACAGCACAGCCCUCUUAAGCCGGCAAACCAAGAGGAGAAGAGUUGACAUUGGAGUGAAAAGGACGGUAGGGACAGCAUCUGCAUUUUUUGCUAAGGCAAGAGCAACGUUUUUUAGUGCCAUGAAUCCCCAAGGUUCCGAGCAGGAUGUUGAGUAUUCAGUGGUGCAGCAUGCAGAUGGGGAAAAGUCAAAUGUACUCCGCAAGCUGCUGAAGAGGGCGAACUCAUAUGAAGAUGCCAUGAUGCCUUUUCCAGGAGCAACCAUAAUUUCCCAGCUGUUGAAAAAUAACAUGAACAAAAAUGGUGGCACGGAGCCCAGUUUCCAAGCCAGCGGUCUCUCUAGUACAGGCUCCGAAGUACAUCAGGAGGAUAUAUGCAGCAACUCUUCAAGAGACAGCCCCCCGGAGUGUCUUUCCCCUUUUGGCAGGCCUACUAUGAGCCAGUUUGAUAUGGAUCGCUUAUGUGACGAGCACCUGAGAGCAAAGCGCGCCCGGGUUGAGAAUAUAAUCCGGGGUAUGAGCCAUUCCCCCAGUGUGGCAUUACGGGGCAAUGAAAAUGAAAGAGAUAUGGCCCCGCAGUCUGUGAGUCCCCGAGAAAGUUACCGAGAAAACAAACGCAAGCAGAAGCUGCCCCAGCAGCAGCAACAGAGUUUCCAGCAGCUGGUUUCAGCCCGCAAAGAACAGAAGCGAGAGGAGCGCCGACAGCUGAAACAGCAGCUGGAGGACAUGCAGAAACAGCUGCGCCAGCUGCAGGAAAAGUUCUACCAGAUCUACGACAGCACUGAUUCUGAAAAUGAUGAAGAUGGUAACCUGUCUGAAGACAGCAUGCGCUCGGAGAUCCUGGAUGCCAGGGCCCAGGACUCCGUGGGGAGGUCAGACAACGAGAUGUGCGAGCUGGACCCGGGGCAGUUCAUCGACCGAGCCCGGGCCCUGAUCCGGGAGCAGGAAAUGGCCGAAAACAAGCCGAAGCGAGAAGGCAACAACAAAGAGAGAGACCAUGGGCCAAACUCCUUACAACCCGAAGGCAAACAUUUGGCCGAGACCUUGAAACAGGAACUGAACACUGCCAUGUCGCAAGUUGUGGACACUGUGGUCAAAGUCUUCUCGGCCAAACCCUCUCGCCAGGUUCCUCAGGUCUUUCCGCCGCUCCAGAUCCCCCAGGCCAGAUUCGCAGUCAACGGGGAGAACCACAAUUUCCACACCGCCAACCAGCGCCUGCAGUGCUUUGGCGACGUCAUCAUUCCGAACCCCCUGGACACCUUUGGCAAUGUGCAGAUGCCCAGUUCCACAGACCAGACAGAAGCACUGCCCCUGGUGGUCCGCAAAAACUCAUCUGACCAGUCUGCCUCCGGCCCCCCUGCCGGCGGUCACCACCAGCCCCUGCACCAGUCGCCUCUGUCGGCCACCGCAGGCUUUACCACGUCCACCUUCCGCCACCCCUUUCCCCUCCCCUUGAUGGCCUACCCGUUUCAGAGUCCAUUAGGUGCUCCCUCUGGCUCCUUCUCGGGAAAAGACAGAGCCUCUCCUGAAUCCUUAGACUUAACUAGGGAGACCACGAGUCUGAGGACCAAGAUGUCAUCCCACCACCUGAGCCACCAUCCUUGUUCACCAGCACAUCCACCCAGCACUGCAGAAGGGCUCUCCUUGUCUCUCAUCAAAUCCGAGUGUGGCGAUCUUCAAGACAUGUCCGAAAUCUCACCUUAUUCGGGAAGUGCAAUGCAGGAAGGAUUGUCACCCAAUCACUUGAAAAAAGCAAAGCUCAUGUUCUUUUACACCCGUUAUCCCAGCUCCAACAUGCUGAAAACCUACUUCUCUGAUGUAAAGUUCAACAGAUGCAUUACCUCUCAGCUCAUCAAGUGGUUUAGCAAUUUCCGUGAGUUUUACUACAUUCAGAUGGAGAAGUACGCGCGUCAAGCCAUCAACGAUGGGGUCACCAGUACCGAAGAGCUGUCUAUAACCAGAGACUGUGAGCUGUACAGGGCUCUGAACAUGCACUACAAUAAAGCAAAUGACUUUGAGGUUCCAGAGAGAUUCCUGGAAGUUGCGCAGAUCACAUUACGGGAGUUUUUCAAUGCCAUUAUCGCAGGCAAAGAUGUUGAUCCUUCCUGGAAGAAGGCUAUAUACAAGGUCAUCUGCAAGCUGGAUAGUGAAGUUCCUGAGAUUUUCAAAUCCCCAAACUGCCUACAAGAGCUGCUUCAUGAGUAGAAAUUUCAACAACUCUUUUCGAAUGUAUGAAUAGUAGCAGUCCCCUUUGGAUGUCCAAGUUAUCCGUGUCUAGAUUUUGAUUUCAUAUAUAUGUGUAUGGGAGGCAUGGAUGUGUUACAAAAUCAGCUGGUAAUUCCUCCUCAUCAUCUUUCUCUCAUUUUCUUCUGUUUUCCAUUGCAAGGGGAUGGUUCUUUUCCUUCCACCUUUAGUUUACUUUUGCCCAAGGCCCUUAACAUUUGGAGACUUAAAAUAGGGUUAAUUUUCAGGGAAAAAGAAUGUUGACACCAGUAAAGUCUAUAUUAGCAAGGAAGGGCGUGUUUAAAGGAUGCUUCUGCUGGAUUGAUGGUUUAUUGCGCAUGGCGGUUGGCAGAGGGUGACCCGUGACGCAGCACUACUCUGUAGUCAGUGAUGUGUCUCUUGUUUUUACGGCUGAGAAGGUCGGAAAACUCAAUGAAACCACUUGAUAAACUUAAGUCUUUUGUUUGGUUUGAACUCAGUAAGUCGCUUUUUAAUCACACAUUUAAAAAUAAUGCCGGUGGCAGAUGAACAACUCACUUUUCAAAAGUACCCUAAAAGGCCAAGCUUUAAAAAGAAACAUAAUCACUAACCGUCAAGUCUUUCCUAAGAGAAAUGGCAAACACCACAAGCUAGUACCAUUUUCUUUGGAGGCAAAGCAGUUUUGUACAAAACUGACUCUUUCAAAAUGAGACUGGAAAUUCAUGUGAUUUCUAGUCAUCUCUCGAAAUUUUGCAAUAGGUUCUUCUUGGUAAUAAGUGAGUACCUAUCGUUCUUCAUACAGAAAAACCCCUAUAACGUGUUAUCAUUUUCUAUUUAUCUUGCUUCAGAUACUAAAAGGCACAUAAGUUUCAAAUUUAUUCUUUGCUCAACUUUGUUUAUGUGGUUUAAAAGAAUUAUCAUUUCUGUUUAAUAUUUAACACUUUUAUUUUUCAAAAAACACUAUUUUCUGAAUUCCUUUCUAUGGUAAGGAAUAAAGGACAUCCCAACUUGACCAUACAAUUCCUGCCUACACUAGAAGUUUGUUAACAGCUGCUAGCUGACACGAUCUUCCCCUCCUGAGAGGAGUACAUAUGAGAAUGACCUAUUUUCCUAUACAUUUCCACUCUACCCUGAUGGAUAUUCAAAGUGGUGACAGUCUAAUUUUUAAGUGUUUCUUCAUUUUAGGUACAGCGUUUUAAAGAAAUUGAUACAGUCUCUUCUAAUUCAGAAGCUAGUAAUUGACCAAAAUGUGAAGAGUGUAUAGAAUAGGAGAGUUUGGGAGUUAACCCAAAAGACACAAUUUCAGCACACAUAAGAAAGCUAGCUGCUAUUUCAUGCUUUCUUCAAUGGUUCUCCUCUUUUAUCUUUUUCUUUUUUUUUUCCAGUUUUUCAAAGGUGUACAAAGUCCCAUACUUGCUUUUAAAAAGCCGUAUGGCAUUCACACUUGUUUUCUUAGAUGGGUUUUGUGUGCAGAUGCAGUAAGAAUUCCUUUUUUAUUCUAAUAGUGUUUUCCAGAACCCUCCCUCCCCUUUGGUAACUUGAUCUACAUCUCCUAAGGUGACAAAGUAAAAAAAAAAAAAAAAAAAAAAA